UAGUUUGAUAUCAUUAGUUAAAACUAGUGUUAAAUCUCGGUUAAGCCAUGAACUCUUUCAGUUAUAUAAUAGGAAUAGCCAUGGUUAGUGUUGUCAUUUACUAUGGUCUUAACGUAUGGAAAGCUCGGGAGCAGGAGUCGUACCGAAAUAAAAUCCGCCGUGGGUUUGAGACCCUGGAUGAAAUAAAAGAACAUGCAAAAGAAUUCAAUGAGAAAAGUAUUAUAAAGGUGGCUGAUACUAUUUAUGUAGCAAUUGGUUACGCCUUGGCUAAUUCCAUCAUGAUUAUUGGCCAUGACGGUGUUGUCAUUGUUGACGUCACUGAAAGUUACGAAUCUGCGAAAGAGAUAUUCGCCGAAUUCCGGAAAAUCACAAACAAACCAGUGACAGAUAUUAUCUAUACCCACAAUCAUGCAGAUCAUACAUAUGGAGCGAAGGCUUUUGUGGAAGAUGAACAAUUUCGUCCAAACAUAUGGGCUCAUAAAUCUAUUCUGAAGGCGCUUGCCAUGAACUUCAAUGGGCCGAACAUUGCCCAUUACGUUCGUGCCAUGAGGCAAUUUGGUGUGUUUCUACCAGAAGUAUCGGCUGGUAUAGGGUUCAAACUUAACAUUGGUAAAGAAGGGAUGACGUCCGGAUUCCUAUAUCCAAACAAGUUUGUAGACGGCGAGGAAUUAGACAUCAAAAUGGCAGGUGUGUCUUUGAAGAUCGUCCAUAUACCAGGGGAGACCGAUGACCAGAUUGGUGUUUGGAUUCCUGAUCAAUCUGCUUUCCUCUGUGCCGACGAUCUGUACAAAGCCUUCCCAAAUUUGUACGCCAUUCGCGGUACUAAAUCACGUGAACUUAUGCAAUGGGUUAACUCCCUUGAUAAGAUGAUUGACCUGGAACCAGACAAAUUGGUUCCAAGCCAUACUAGACCUAUUUUCGGACGAGAAACGGUUUCGGAGCUUCUUACUGAAUACAGGGACGCCAUACAAUAUGUUCAUGACCAAUCUGUCAGGCUGAUCAAUUAUGGUUACCACCCGGAUGAAAUCGGAAACAUGGUCCAGUUACCAAAACAUUUGUUGAAGAAUCCAUUCCUGAAAGAGUUUUACGGAACAAUUAAAUGGUCGGCUAAGUCAGUGUUUACAGACUAUGAGGGCUGGUUCAGCGGUGAUCCUGUUGAUCUUGAUCCUCUUACAAGAAAUGAGAAGGCUCAGAAAAUGGUCAACUUGGUUGGCGCAGAGAAACUUGUAAAUACUGCGAAGGAAGCGUUAAAUUCCAGAGAGUUUCAGUGGGCUCUUGAGUUAUCUUCGUAUAUUGUCAGAGUUGAUCCAAAUAACAAAGCGGCCAAAGAUGUGAAAGUUGAAGCUCUUACUGCACUUGGGUCACGGCAAACAAGUGUAAACGGUAGAAAUUAUUACCUAACUUCUGCUCUCGAAGAAGCGACUGGUCUAGAAUACAAGACACCAAAAGAAACGAGAGAGGCUCUUGUUAGAGAAUUUCCAAUUGAUUACGUCAUAUCCGCUUUCUCCGUACUUUUUAGACCGGAAGACUGUGCAGAUCGAAAUGAAACUUUAUAUAUUGAAUUAAGCGAACCGUCGUCACAUCAUUUUAUAAAACUUAGAAACGGAGUUGCAAGAGUCCGUCACAAAACACCACGGCAAUGGGAUAUUAAACUUAAAACAACGGAAACAAUUUGGAAGGAUAUUAUAUUGAAAGAACGAAAUACUCUUGCGGCAAUUGCUAUCGGUGAUAUUCUUAUUGAAGGGGGCACAUUAGCUCUAAAUUCCUUCAUGAGUUGUUUUGAUAGAGACAUUACUUUUGUCGUUUAAAGAAGAUUUUGUAUUAUGUCCAUUUUUAAGAGUUCGUAUGAUUCCGGCCACAUUCGUCAUUCUCCGUAUUUCAUGUGUGAUUGGAUCGUUGUAUUAUUUUGACUAUACAUGUAUUUCUUGCCGCAAAACGACCGCGUUCUCAUUAUA